AUGCAUAAAUGGCUGCUAGCCACGGACGAACCAGGUAACGCGAUUCGCACAGUGCUAUUCGACUUUCGACAGGCGUUUGAUCUUCUUGACCACAACCGUUUGAUAACGACAUUAAAAUCUUUCGAUCUUCCGUCUUCAACUAUCAAUUGGAUUAUUGAUUUUCUAAUUGACCGAAAACAACUGGUAAAGGUAACAUCUAACUGUUAUCCUGAAUGGCGUCAAGUGCGCUCAGGUGUGCCGCAGGGGACCAUGGCCAGAAAUUCAGGACAGCAUGGCGAUUGGCAUACGCAAUGUACUUCCUCAUUCAUUAGUCAAGAUGGCUGAUUUAUAUAUAGAUUAAGUAUUGCAAAUAUAUGUUUUAGCAAUUUCCAGCUUUUUUCGUACAUAAAUCCGAGCUCUGCACGUCGAAAACAUUAUUUAAUUUCUCGAUCCUUUAACCGAAUAAAUUUCAGAACAGUUCAAGUAGGACAAACCAGUUCCCGAGAACUAUAUUCCUACCUUAUCUCAUCACAUAUACCAGAUAGUUAAUUCUCCCAAAAUUCGCAAAAUGCACAUUUUUGGACAGCAUUUUAGGACAGCAUUUUAGGACAUUCGUGGGCAGUACAUGGAGCUUCUGCACGUCUGCAUUGAUAAAAGAUGAGUUUAUCUUUGUUCUCCAACAGUUUACAAACCGUAGAGGAUGGAUAAACAGGUUCCAAAAAGCCACAAAAUAUAUGCUUUUUAGCAAACAGAAAAUUAUUGUGUAGCUCAAGUAAGUAUUUAAACGGCUUAUUGUUGUAUUGUGCGUAUAAAAUUUGCAUACGAAUACAAUGUCGGAUACAUGCCCGACUGCAUUCUAUUCUUUCUUGAAAUGGAAAUUUGGUGAAUAUGAGCCCGCGCGUCUUUCCGCUGACUGUCCUGAAUUUCUGGCCAUGCAAAACUGUGUCCUUGGCUGUAUAUAUUAAUGAUCUAACAACAACCCGUACAAAACUUUGGAAAUAUGUUGAUGACACUACUCUAUCUAAAAUCAUCCAUAAAGGAAAGCGAAGUUCAAUUCAGGAACCCGUUGACGAAGUUCAAGAUGGACACGCUCGAAUUUGGCCGAACUCAAUGAGGAUAAAUGUAAAGAGCUCAGAAUUGAUUUUUCGCGGAAGCAAACUCAAACAAAUCAUCUCAACCCCAUCCGAGUCAACGGCAAAGGGAUUGAGGUCGUAAACCACGCGAAAAUACUUGGUCUUACAGUCAGCAGUGACUGCAAGUGGAAAAUGUACGUUGAUAGCAUAUCAUCCAAGGCCAGCAAGCGACUAUAUCUAAUCACACAGUUAAAGAGAGCUCGAGUUCCUGCAAAUGAAAUUAUUCAAAUAUAUUGUUCAUGCAUUCGCCCGUUACUGGAAUACGCCUCACCUGUCUUUCAUAAUUCCUUACCGCAAUAUUUAAAUUUGGAAAUUGAAAGAGUUCAAAAACGAUGUAUUAAAAGAAUAUUUCCUGGCGUUUCAUACGAAGAAGGCCUUAAAUUAGCUAAUCUAGAAAUCCUGUGCGAUCGCCGAUCGGAAGCGUGCAAAAAGCUAUUUUUCCAAGCCUACUCUGAUACUAGUUAUAAACUACACAACCUGAUUCCAAAGGAGAACUCAUGCCAAUAUUCCCUAAGAAGAAGUCGCUCGACCUGUUUACAAAAGGCCUAGUAGAAGCAGGGGUUAAUAAAGAUUUAAUUAAAAAUGAGUAUUUAUUGUCAGAAAUGGCAAAGGAGGAAUAUGAAAUGCCGCAAUCUGACAGUGAUGGUGAAAGCGAAUCUGGCGAAGAGGAUAGGAAAUCUGAUAAGAGUGAUAAUGAAAGCGAAUAUUAUGAUGAUGAUGAUGGUGAUGAUAAGGAGGAUGAUAAUGAUGAUGAUAAUGAAGAUGAUGAUCAGUCAGAGACACUAGCUUGCAACCAUUGUGGAAAAGAGACUGGUCACAUUGUAUACUUAAUGAAGUGUCCAAGAUGUUCAUGGUAAGAUUUCUACUGGGGCAAAAUGCUCAAUGUAUGAUAUGUGAUGAACGGUCGCCUCUACUGUUUUCGCAUGUCAUUGGUUUCUGCGAGUUAUGGUCGUAUGGUACGUCUAACAGCAAGGUGGGUGAAAUGGAGUUCACACCAAAAAUGGACAAAUUGGGUCGACCCAGCAGAUUGGACCGAACGUGACCUAGCACGAAUGACUCCGGAAGCAAGAGAGGAUUAUGAACAUUUUAUAUUGAGUGACAGCCGAAAUAUAUUCCAAUGAAGCCGGAGAAACUUACAAAGUUAUCCCCAGAAGAUAAACAACAAUAUGAGAACUCUUUUAAAAUAACACCUAGACGUUACGCUCUUAGAAGUAGACCGUACUAAAUUUUGUAAAACGUUUUGAGGAAAUAAAUGUAUUUUAAAACUGAAAUCUUGUGUAAAUCUUUGCCCGCAAAGCCACGCGCCCGAUUUUAAGGCAUACCCCUGCGUUAUAAAUAAUCCCUAUCUAUCCAUUGGGAUACACUUAGUUAUGCAAAUUCUUAUUGCCUUAAUCCCUUAAAUACCUACACAACUCCUAAUGAUUUGGCAACACAUAGCAACGAAUAUAACAACCGCAUAUUUGAUAAAAAAUAUAUUUAUUUUUAUGGCAAAAUAUAUUACAACCAUUCUAAUUCUAAUUUCUAUUCUUGAUAAGCUUUCUUAUGAUCAUCUUAACAGUAUAUAUGUAUGUAGGAGGAUUGCUAAAUAAUGUUGAACAACAUGCAAAUAUUGAUCAUAGCAACGACGUUGACAACUCAGGAUUAGCAACUGUUUAGUUUAAAAUAUGUCUCAAUUUUUGUGACGAAUAGAUUCCUCGCUAUGGAAGAUACGAAAAAUCUUUCAACAUACCUGUGGAAAUUUAUCUCUUCCGAGCAAAGAUACGGCUAUAACUCUGCUAUAUAUUAAUUUCGAAAACAAUUUUGCCAUGUGAGGGACUCGAACUAUUCAUAAUCCCUCUAUUGUAUCAAACACGCGGAGGGACGCUAAAAAAUGUCAAGUCAGCAAGUCUUGCCCGUUCUUGUUUAAGCUUACUAUUUAUCCCCCUCACUCUUCCGCCACCUCACACCUCCUCAAUCCUCCUCCUCACUCCUCCUCCUCCUCACUCCUCCACACUCCUUCACACUCCUCCACACUCCUCCUCACUCCUCCUCACUCUUCCUCACUCCUCCUCACUCCUCUUCACUCCUCCUCACUCCUCCUCACUACUUAUCAAAAAUAAGGGUCGAACGGAACCUAUAUUACUACUCAUGGCGUUACUGACAGGGUGAAUGGUUACUACAUAUGAACCUCUAGGAAGAACACUUCAGAACAUUAUUGAACUCGUAGAGCUACCCAAUAUCAUUAAAGUCAGUUUAGUUUAGUUUAGAUUUAAUUCUACUGUAGCUCUGGGUUACAUAAAACAUGGGCUUCGCUAAACCUCUAGCAAGAACAUUUAGAACUGAUAGAGCUAUCUAGUAUAAGUAAAGUUAUAUUUUAAUAAUUUCAGGUUUUCCUCCAGGUUUUUAUAAUUGUCUGUCCACUGUCAUAAUUUUGUUGUCAAGCAGGUUUAUCGUCUCGUAAUACUUUGCUUGGGGCGAAAAUCACACCCUGUGUAAUCGUAAAUAAAUCAUAAUAUUUUUAUUAUAACAGGAGCAAGAUUACGAAAUUGUAACGAGAAUUAAUAAAGAGUUUAAUGAUGACGCCGUCACAAAUGCAAACGAGUCUGGUGGCACUUCAGCUGAAGGUGAGUAAUAUAAUAUAUGCAUGCUCAUUAUAAGAAGAAAUGUAAUGUAUAUUCUUGGGUUUUAUAUAACGUCACAAUAUGACGGGUGGUCAACUCAGUUUUAUAUGAAGUCACAGAAGAGACGGUGGGUCAACUUUAAAACAAAACACAGUUAUGAGAGUAAGUCGAUUGUUAGUUUUAUGUAUUAGCCUUGUUUUCGGUGCAAAUACAUGGAAUUGCGGAUCAUUUUCACCCUCCAGUACAGCAUAAGCGUCAAUACAUUCGAGGGUGACCCCGUCAGCUUCACUUCCCGUCAGGCUCUAUUUUACAAAUACAGGCUGACACAAACCUUAAUGCGAAACUGGAGAACCAAGUAAAGUAAAAGUUGAGAAAAGAUCAGGGAGUUGGAAACUCUCGCUUCCUUUGACAACCAAAUCUCACAGACUCUCGUGAACUCUCAUCAACUCUUAUUCACUUUCACCUGGUUCAAAUUUUAAGUGCUGUUCGUGAGAAAUUCUACUACGCUUGUUAAAAUUAUGUCAACUCUGGCAAAUGUUUAACUGGUUCACAUUUUGAAGAAAAUUGACGAGAGUUCAGGCUACGUGCUGAAAUAUCCAUUCAACUGUCAUGCAAUUAUUGUUCUUACUGCAGAAACUAACUGGCCUGCUCUCCUCAACUUUCUUGCUUGUUUGAUUAGAUUUAAUUAAUAAUCUUUCUUUUGAAAAGGCGGGACAUCACAUUACGAAGAGGUAGAAGGACAAUCAAGUUAUGAAACGCCGGCCCAAAAUGUAACCUAUCCAGAAACAAAAACGUCGCAUAAAAAUGCUGGUUAUACGGUGUUUGAUGUGAACAGACUGCGAGACAGAAAUACAAGGGAUGAUGAUACUUAUCAAAAACUAGUAAAACCGACCUCAAGUUACGUUAUGCCACAGGAUGACAGAACAAAGCCGUGCGAGAACAUGAAAAUGGAAAUAAGUUUACCAGACUUCACGGAGCUAGAUCAAAGCAGACGAGAUGCUGAAAAUUAUUCUGCUUACCAAACGUUGCUAAAAACGGAAUUGUGCAUACGAAGGAAAUUGCUUUAA